UUAAAUAGCAUAGCUCUUAUAACUUCAACUUAUAUUUAAAUGGCUUUUACUUCUCGUACUUUCUCUCUCUUUAUACUCAUAUUCGCUGCUUUGGUGUGCUUAACUAUGGCUAGUCCUACUAUAGCUAAAUCAAAAUCUAAAAAACCAUGCACAUUUACAUUCAAUGACAAUUAUAAUACAAGUGGUUUACCUCGUAAUAUUUUCCCUAACCUUUCUAAACUUAAAGGCAAGUGUACAGACAACCUCCAUGAUGGUAUUCGUUAUCUUCGUGAACAAGGUUCUGGUAAAAAGAUGCCCAACUAAAAAAAAAACAAAAAAACUCCGGUUCCUAUAUGCUUCUUGCUUGGUUUUAAAUGUAACAUUACAUAUAAAUUGUAUAUAAUAUAAUAAAUAUAAAUUUAUAUAUAUUUAUUUCUGUAUAUUCCUGCU